AUGUCGGACAACAUUCCUUUCGAACUCCAAGUGGAAAUCAUCAAAAGGGUUCCUGUCAAAUCUUUGCUUCAAUUCAGAUCUGUUUCAAAGCAAUGGAAAUCGCUGAUCGAUAGCUCAGAAUUUAUUGCUGAUCACACCCUCAAACAUUCUCAACUGCAUCAUCUACUGGUAAGGUACACUAAACGUUUUGAGAUAAAAUAUGUUUCGAUUGUUGAUGAUGAUAGUUUUCUCCGACGCAAGUUUUCUCCGACUGUUCCUCCGACUGCUAAGCUACUUACCCAUCCUCGAAUGAUCGCUUCCUCUCAUGGAUUGGUGUGCUUGUGUGGUUUUGCUUAUGAUCUCAAGAAGCAUCUUAUUGUUCUUUGGAACCCAUCAAUUAGGAAAUCUGUUGAAAUUGAGCUGCCGAAUAAAUUGAAUGCUCUGGGUUUUGGGGUUUGUCCUAAAACUAUGGACCCUAAGAUUGUCAGGAUUACGCGUAGAACUAACGCGCAGGUUUAUACAUUAAGCUCUGGGGCUUGGAGACGCGUAUCAAUAAAUCUGUGUGUGCCCGGGACCGGGUUUAGGUUUUGUUCUUAUCAGGUGGUUAUAGAUGGGGUUAUUUAUUGGAUUACUAAUAAUACAAGUGGAUCUUGUGAUAAGCUAAUUUCAUUUGAAUUGACAAAUGAAGAAUUGGGAGUGAUAGAGCUUCAAGAUAGUAUUGAAGACCCUGAGCAUUUAUGCAUCUCUAAGCGUAAGGAGUCUCUUGUUGUGCUUAAUUACGAUAAAUCAGACGUAGCUUGCGAUUCAAUAGCUGAUAAUGAUAGCUUCCCCCACCACAAGUUUCCCCCUUUUGUUCCUCCAAUUGUUAAGCUAUUUGGGCUUGUGUCAAUACUCGAUUGCUCUCACGGAUUGGUGUCUUUGUUCGGGUUUUCUGAAAAAAAAAAGAUACUGGUUGUUCUUUGGAACCCAUCAGUUGGGAAAUCUGUUGGUAUACGUAUACCAAUUCCGUAUGGAUCCCUUGUUUUUGGUAUUGGAGUUGGGGUUUGUCCUAAAACUAGUGACCCUAACAUCGUCACAAUUGUGCGCUCUUACAGUCGGUCUGAAAUGAAUUCAGUUGGAAGGCUGAGGUUUGUCGGUCUGAAUUCAGUUGGAAGGCUGAGGUUUAUACGUUAA